AUGGCCGCCGCUCGCCGCUGCCUCUUCCUGCUGCUCCUGUCCACGGGCGUGGCUCUGUUGCUGCAGCCACCACUGGGUACCCGGGGGGCCCCGCUGGAGCCAGUGUACCCGGGGGACAAUGCCACGCCGGAGCAGAUGGCCCAGUACGCAGCUGAGCUCCGCAGAUACAUCAACAUGUUGACCAGGCCCAGGUAUGGGAAAAGAGACCAAGAAGGCGCGCUGGACUUCUCGGAGUGUGGCUCCCCCAACGCAGCUGCCCCCAGGCAGCUCAGCCCAAUGGACUCGUAAAGCCACC